AUGACCCGAACUUCCUUAACCUCAAGCCUCGAGUCUCCGUUCACAAAGGGAAGGAACCUACCGUACCACCGGCUGGCCUCGAGGCAAGGAGGCGAAGGCUCCUCCCAAAAAGACCUCCUCGCUGUGUGUGUGUAUGUCGCUCAUAUCACGCUCUUCUCCGUUCUUUUCUCAAUUCGGAGGGGCCGAUGUAUGUCUUCGUCUGCGUUGAUACCAUCACCACCUCGAUGUUGCCUCCUCGUGGGGCGAGGCGAGGCGAGGCGACGUCCGGCCUCCUCCUCCUCCACUUAA